CGUUUAGAAAUAUUAACCAACAUGGCGGAGCAGGUGCUCCACUCGGUGCUCGUAACCACAUGAAAUCCACAAGUGUACACAAUAUUAUCAGUUCAGUAUGUCACAUGUACGCUAAGUCAGGAGAAAAGAAGUCAAGUUGGUUUUCCUGUACUGUCCUCAGAAUAGGACAAUGUCUGACGAUUCUAAGAAUCAAGGUUUGCCACGAGGCUUGAUCGGGAGGAGGGGUGCUCCUACAGGCAAAGCAGCCAGAUUGCCAUCUCUAAGGGGACCAAGAGAUUUAACUCUUGGUGGUGUUCCCAAGAAAGUAUUUACACCUAAUAUUCCAUCAAGAAGGGAUAAACCCAAGGAAGAUGACUCUGGCGGGGCUCCACCAAAACCUCAGUCUGCAACCAAAGAAUCGGGUAGAAGCAGAGGUCGUGGAGGCCGGGAACGGGGUCGAGGCCGGGGAAGAGGUCAUGAAAAUGUCAUUCAAUCACAGUCUAUCUUUGAGCAAGGACCUGCAGAUAGACUUGUUCCUAAAGUUGGUGGCUCUUCGUGGGACAAUGGUGAUCGCGUGUCGACCUCUAGGAUGAGCCUCAAGAAGGAGAAGUCAGACAAGAACAGCUCGAAGAGAGUGCUGGAUCAAAUCCUCCGGGAUGAUUUUAUUGACACAGAAAAUCUAGAUGAUGAUGACCCCAACCUAAUCCCCGUUAUGUUGCCUCUCUCUGCUGCCGGAGCUAUGGUUGCCAAGAAGGAAGUCAAGGAGGAGGAGAGAAAAGAAGUCAAGGACACGGUCGAUGGAAUCAAGGUGGAACCAGGCACAGAGAUGGAGGUUGAUAAUCCUGAUGAGGAGAAAGCUGCAGAGAAAGCAAAACCCACAGCUGCUGAUGUUUCUAUGGUCAAAAUGGAGCAUCCUGUGUUUACCUGCAAAGACCUGCUGUCCAAAUGCAGUAAUUCCGAAGAGGAUAGACUGCUGUUUUUCCAGCUCCCCGACGUCCUGCCUGGCUUGCCACCAGGUCGUGACGAGGUCGCCAAAACAAAGGUCAAGACGGAGCCAGGCACGGAAGGAAAGAAGGAGGAAUCAAAGUCAGAGGAGGACAAACUUUCUUCUCAGAUAAAGACAUGUUCUCUGUCGGACUUCUCAGAGGGUUUCAUUGGCAAGCUGCAGAUUCGUAAAUCUGGUCGGGCAGAACUUGUGUUGGGCAACGUCACUCUGGACGUGUCCGUUGGUACACCGUGUGGAUUUCUCCAGGACUUGGUGUCGGUGCGCGUGGAGGGCAACUCAGGACACAUGACGACACUUGGCCACGUGCGAGACAGGCUCAUCUGCACACCAAACUUUGAAACUCUGCUCAAGUACUCCUGACUGGGUCUGAGGUAGCAGGGUUACCCUGCUCUACAUUCAUACCUGGACUCGUCCUAACAUUUACAUAGUGACUGAAUGUGCUGUUUGAGGCAGUCAGCACUACAGAAGUUGUGUGACAGGCAAGCCUGCGUGACAGGUUUUCUUCAUCAUUGAUACAGUGAUGCUGCCGAAUGACACAAAGUUAACACAAACUCACAAAGUUUACAAUAUUGUACAAGGUGAUAUAUAUUUAUUGUCCCAGGUGUAUCUUGUCAAAGGUUGUCUUCAGUUCAUUCAUGUUUCACUGUGUUGAUUUUGUAACAGAUAUGAAAAAAAUAAAAAAUCAAGGACACAUGGCAAUAUAAUUCACAC